AUGGAAGAUAUCUUUUUAUUUCAACUAACAAAUGGGUGCGAAAAGAUUGUGUGCAACAAUCCAAACUGUGCAAACUGUCCGAAAUUUGUACUUUCGAAUUCUUCGUAUAUUCAGAAGAAACAAAUUGCAUUAAAAAUGGCGCAGAAUGAAGAAUCAAAGAAAAGUUUAUGCCAUCAUAUCAAUAUACUACUUUGUAAUGAAGAAGCUCGACAAAUUUUACAAGAUUUUGAAAAAUUCGCAAAUAAUUUUACAAUUUCAACUUCUCCUGCUGAAAUAUUGCAAAACAUCAAUCCAGUGUUUACAAACUUCAUGUACUUUUGUCAAUUAUUUACUCCAAAAGAUAAAUUCAUCACAAAAACAAAUUUACUUAUUAAUGACCAAAAAUUUUUCAAUUUUUCAACAAUACUAUCAUCCAUACCAAGUUUGAAUACUCAAAUUUACAAUUUAAUAAGUUCUAUCGCAAUAGAUAUCAUGAAUUGGAAAAACAGUAUCACAAUAUCGAUAAUCAGAGGCUUGCUUAUACUAUUCUACUUCCCAUCAAUCUUUUCUCCCAAAUCUUCUGAAUCUUUGUUAUUAUCAAUUUUUAUUUUCAUUAAAACUAAGUUGGAGCAUCAAGAUCGUAAGUUGUUUAUAUCAGAAUUAUCGAAAUGUCCAAAUUUAAUCAAUCAAAUCAUCGGAAUUGUUCAUUGCGCGAUUUCGGAUUUUUAUGCUAACAGAGAGAAGCCAGAUCCAUAUUCUCAACAGGUUAUUUACAUGCUAGAAGUUAUGAAUUUAGCAUUCCUGGCCAAUGAACGUUCAAAUUCCCCACUUCCAACUUCAAUUUUUUAUAAUCACCAUAUUAAUGACAGUUUUACACAAGAAAAUCGAUUCAGUGGCCACUCCGAUCCAUUAAUCGAGAAAUUUUCUUUUGUUUUGAAUUUAAAUACCAAAAUCCAAAUUUGUACAUUACAAACGGAUACAAUACGUGCAGCAGUGUUCUACAGUGAUAUCAUUAAUAACAUGAAUGUCCGGUCAAAUAUUUUUUUGGAUCUUUUAAUUCGAAGAAAUCACAUUGUAGAAGACACUUUGAGCUGUUUGUCAACAGUCCCAUACACUGAUUGGCUCAAGAAGCUCAGGGUUGUGUUCGAAGGAGAAGAAGCCGUUGAUUUGGGAGGUCCAUCUCGAGAAUUUAUCCAUUUGAUUUGCCAAACUUUGUUUUCCUCUGAUUACGGGAUGUUUGAGUUAUAUGGGAAUCAUUAUUUGUGGUUUACUCCCUUGGCUUCUUCAAUUGAAGAUGAUCAUUUAUUUACUCUUUACGGAUUAAUAAUCGGAUUAGCUAUUUAUAAUGAGAUAUUACUUCCUGUCCAUUUCCCCAGGGCGUUGUUCAAAAGUAUUUUGAAUUUUUCCAAUUUCACUUUAAAUGAUUUGGAACAAAUAGAGCCAGACGUUGCCAAAUCACUUAGAGAGAUACUGUUAAUGCCAGAGAAUGGAGAAAACGUUGCAGAUCUUUGUUUAACCUUUUCAUCUGUUGUUGAUAUUUUCGGACAUCAAGAAACAGUUGAUUUCAUCAAGAAUGGAUCAACUAUUGAUGUUACCAAUGAGAAUGUUGAGCAGUAUGUUGAGCAAUACAUUAAAUACAAGUUUAUAAAAUCAAUUCAAUUUCCAAUGAACUAUUUGAGGAAAGGAUUUAGUCUUGUCUGCAAAGCUGGCAUGUAUCAGAAGCUUACUCCUGACGAAUUAGACCUUUGUAUGAGUGGAGAAGAGAAAAUUGACUGGGAUUUCAUCAAAAGAAAUACAGAAUACUCAGGUUACCAUAAAUACGACAUAACAAUUAUUAGAUUCUGGGAAAUUUAUGAUAAAAUGGUCGAAGAAGACAAAAGAAAACUUUUGAAAUUUAUCACAGGGACAGAUCGAGUUCCUCCUUCAGGAAUGAUGUUCAAGAUGAAAUUACUGAUUAAGAAAUGUGAUGAUAUUGAUCGUUUACCAUCAGCUCUCACUUGCAUUUCGCAAUUAUUACUUCCACCUUAUCCUUCAAAGGAAAUAAUGGAAAGCAAGCUGUAUUACGCUAUCCAGUACUUUGAAGGAUUUGGAUUUAAAUAG